GUAAUCUACCGCAUUACAUUUCAACCCCCCCCCAAAGCAUAAUGGAAACCCCUUCUUUAUCUUGAAAACGCUUAAUAUGGGAACUGAUAGGCGCCCAGGUAAUACAGGCUGGGGCUAACAGUUGACUGAUACUAUGUCUUGACUACCCAUUCCCCUCAUCCCCUUUUACAAAUUCUCAUUGCUGUCUUGCGCCUCUGUGGAAUUACAAGAACUAAACCUAAGUAACGGAACGUCAAAGACGGGAUGCAACUGAGGACAAAGUCAAGGCCCUGCCCAUGUGGUAGGCUCAGUUCUAUUCAUUGUUUGGAUAUGUCUUGUAGCUGGUGCUUCGGAAAGUUUCAAGUUCUAUACCGUUUCCGCUCCAUGGUAGAACCACAUACAAAUAACUGUGAUAGUAUUGUCGUCCCGGCGCCUCUAGAUCUUAGUCAAGCAACCACCACCAACAUCUCUAAUGCUUUCUUCUUAUUCUUGGUCCCUCUAUCAUUCACUAUUGUCUCGGACGCAUGACUAGGGCGAUACAAA